AUUCCAGGAGUCUGGACCAAGAGCAGACCGAAUCUCUCGAUGGAUUUUGUUUCACGAGUUAAUGAUGAGUGAACCAGUAUGUGUGUGAUAGCUCAAGUACAGAAUGUUCCAGGCAUCUGCAUUAGCCUUUGGCUCAAGCCAGCUCUACUUCCAGCUCUUUCGUCAUUGAGACGUACCAAGGAAUAUACAUUGUGCAUUUAACAAGGAAAAUAUGAUCCGAAGUAUGGGCUAUUCCCCAGUUCCAUCAUGUGGUCGAGAACAUCCGCAGAAGUGAUUGGAAUCAAACUACUCAUUUCGGAAUCUCUACCGACCAUCGAUACUCGCCCGAUUUUUAGAUAUUUUGGCUGUCCGAUUAGAGAGCCCUUGGUGCCUACGAGACCAGUCUGCACCUCGUCAAGGUGUCGUAAAAUUACAAGAUUGUACCAACAUCCUGCGGCAGCCUUGUUCUUUUUUCUGCGGCUGCACUCAUUGCUCUAUGAACCCCGAGCAGCAGUCCAUGCGAUACAGGCAGCUGAGCAGACUAAUCCGAAAUCUAGCCUGCACUUUACAGUCAAAAGCUUACAAGAAGUUGUUCUCCGAAUCGUGACCUGCUACUGAGUACAAUUCUCAAAAUGUAGAAGGCUGAUGAGUUUCAUCCAACCAGGCACGAGCAAGAGAACGAGGUGGAAAACCUGUAUCAGACCAAGUCAUAUAUUUUUUUGUGGUUCAUGUCCUUCCCAGUCACUAUUGGAUUGUUUGGUGAUGUGCCAUGUGCCUCCUCCUCAUCUAACAUGAGUGGAGUGAGAAAACACAUGUGAGACCAAAGUAUCUAGGCUCCCUUGGGCCAAUUGGUGGCGAGCCAGCAUCUUUCAUAUAAUUGUCCCAACAAUUAUUUGUAAUAAUGCCUUUCAUAACAUUUGUGAGCUCUGUAUUAUUUGUGGAACUGAUUGGAUGACAUACGAUUGUUCUUU